GAUAGUUUGAAGGGUAUUUACGUAAUUAUCUGCAGGGUUUAGGCUUCUGAGUGAAGAUUUUCGAGCUAAUACGCUGCGUUUUGAUUCUCUCCGACUCUGAGGAUGAGUCUGAGUCUCUGACUAUCCUCCUUUCGACGGAGUUGCUUAUCCCGUCAAUUUUCCGCGCGAUUGCAUCCAAUCCCGUAGUGAUAAUUUUCAAACGAAAUGGUGGUUUUGAUUUCAAGUACAGUGGCUAUUUGCAGUGUAAAACCAAAGCUUGAAGACGGAAGCUUUCGCGUCAACCGGUUUAGACCCAGACCCGAAGUUCCAUUUUUCUCAGGGUUAAGUGAGACGAAGAAGAAGAAAUGUGACGUUUUGGUUAAGUGUUUAGCUGUGAAGAAAGAACAAGUUGUUCAAAGCGUGGAGAGAGCUAAAGGGACAAUUUUUCCAAAGAAAGCGAAAAAUAUCAUCAUGAGCGAAGGGAGAGAUGAAGAUGAGGAGUAUGGGAAACUUAUUUGUCCAGGUUGUGGGAUUUUUAUGCAGGACAAUGACCCAGAUUCACCCGGAUAUUAUCAGAAGAGAAAGAUCACUGCAAAGAACUUGGAAGAGGAGGAAGACGAGACUGAAGAUGAGCUUGAAGGGUUUGAAAUGGUUGAUGAUGGUGAUGAUGAUGAGGAGGAGGAUGAUGAUGAAGAUGAUGAAAUGGAUGAUGAUAUCACGAAUGCAUUAGAGGAUAGCAACUCUGAGAGUGAGAAUGAAUUUGACUGGGAAUCAGAUGAGUGGGAAGAGAAGGAGAACGAGAAUGAUGUCGUAUUGGAUGGUUUUGCUCCGGCUGGUGUUGGAUAUGGUAAUGUCACUGAGGAGAUAGAGAAGAAGAAACGGGUUUCGAAAUCAGAGAGGAAGAAGAUAGCUAGAGAGGAGGCAAACAAAGACAAGGAUAAUGAUGUGACGGUGUGUGCACGUUGCCACUCUCUGAGAAACUAUGGCCAAGUGAAGAAUCAGACUGCUGAAAACCUCUUGCCAGAUUUCGAUUUCGAUAGGAUGAUAUCAACCAGACUGAUAAAACCGAUGAGUAAUAAAUCGAGUACUACGGUUGUAGUCAUGGUUGUUGACUGUGUAGACUUUGAUGGUUCGUUUCCCAAACGAGCAGCCAAGUCCUUGUUCAAGGCGCUUCAGAAGGCUGAAAAUGAUCCAAAGGUUAGCAAAAACCUCCCAAAACUUGUGCUUGUUGCAACAAAAGUAGACUUACUUCCCACACAGAUUUCACCAGCUCGGUUAGACCGGUGGGUACGCCACCGUGCCAAGGCGGGAGGAGCGCCUAAGCUGAGUGGGGUUUAUAUGGUUAGUGCUAGGAAAGAUCUCGGUAUCAAGAAUCUAUUAGCUUACAUCAAAGAAUUGGCUGGUCCACGAGGAAAUGUGUGGGUUAUUGGAGCCCAAAAUGCUGGGAAAUCUACUUUGAUUAAUGCCUUCUCUAAGAAAGAUGGUGCCAAGGUUACAAGGCUCACGGAAGCUCCAGUUCCUGGAACAACUCUUGGAAUAUUGAGAAUUGGUGGAGUAUUGUCUGCAAAGGCGAAGAUGUAUGACACCCCAGGCCUUUUGCAUCCUUACAUUAUGUCGCUGAGAUUGAAUUUAGAGGAGCGGAAAAUGGUAGAGAUAAGGAAAGAGCUUCAACCUCGGUCUUACAGAGUCAAGGCAGGACAAUCUGUUCAUAUUGGUGGCUUGGUCAGGUUAGACCUCGUUCGUGCAUCGGUCGAAACGAUAUACAUAACGGUAUGGGCAUCGCAUAGCGUUUCAUUGCAUCUUGGAAAAACAGAGAACGCCGAAGAAAUAUUCAGAGGGCAUUCAGGUUUACGCUUGCAGCCACCGAUUGGAGAGAACAGAGCGUCUGAGUUGGGACAAUGGGAAGAGAAGGAGAUUCAGGUGACGGGAAGUAGUUGGGAGGUGAAAAGCAUUGACGUUGCAGUGGCUGGUCUUGGCUGGUUUUCGCUUGGUCUCAAAGGUGAAGCGACAUUAGCAUUGUGGACUUAUCAGGGCAUUGAUGUAACAUUGAGAGAGCCAUUAGUCAUUGAUCGAGCACCAUUUCUUGAACGGCCUGGCUUCUGGUUGCCAAAAGCCAUCACGGAAGCGCUUGGAACCUAUUCUAGUAAGCUUGAUGAUGCUCGUAGGAAGAAGAAGCAACAAGACAGCACAGAUUUUCUCUCUGAUGACUAAGUAACAGAGCUUACGAUCUAGUGCUGCUGAUACUAGUUAUAGAGAUUAGCUUAUAUCAGUGUGUAGUCACCAGUGGAAAUAGAAGAAAAUUUUCAUUUUUUGAAAUCAAGUUAACAUUUUGGA